CUUUCCUUUCAGUUUGUGUUUAGAUCAGUUUGUGGAAAGUGCAGUGUUUUAGUUUGAGUUAUGUGGACCCGCACAUGUGAUGAUUUUAAAGUUCAAUGAUUUCAUUUUCCAAACAAAACGUUAGUUCAAUUUACGAUGAUUUUUAUCUUAAAUAAUAGAUUACAAAUUUUAAUUUCUUAAUCUAUCAACUCCUUGUUUGGCCUUGAACGACGAAAUUAACGAAAAAGGCGGUUCGACAUCGUCUUUUGGGAAACAGAGGAUGAAGGAUUUCUUUUAUUUUUGUAUUGCUGUAUUUUUUUGCAAUUUCCGACUCUCCAACGGACAUUAUACUCAACAAUGGGCUGUGCAUAUCCAAGGAGGAAAGAACGUAGCUGACGAGGUAGCUAGAGACCAUGGUUUCGUCAAUCAUGGAGUGAUUUUCGAAGAUCAUUAUCAUUUUUCUCACAAUGACGUAGCUAAAAGGUCGUUAAGGCCUAAUGUAGAUAAACGAGUUAAACUCGAUGUAGAUACUAGAGUUACCUGGUCAAAACAACAAAUAGCAAAAAGGAGAGUAAAAAGAGACUUAAAAGUACAAGAUAGUGAUCCAAAAUGGCCAUUCAUGUGGUAUCUAAAUCGAGGAGGAGGACUAGACAUGAAUGUAAUUCCUGCCUGGAUAGAGGGAGUUACAGGAAAAGGGGCUGUUGUUACGAUAUUAGAUGAUGGUCUGGAAAAGGAUCAUCCUGACCUUGUACAAAAUUAUGAUCCAAUGGCUUCUUAUGACGUGAAUGGUCAAGACCCAGACCCAAGUCCUCGCUACGACAUGAUCGAUUCGAAUAGACACGGCACCAGAUGUGCUGGUGAGGUAGCAGCUACCAGCAACAACUCUGUUUGUGCUCUAGGUGUUGCACACGGUGCUCAAGUCGGUGGAGUGAGAAUGUUGGAUGGUGAAGUAACAGACGCUGUUGAAGCUCGAUCUCUUAGCUUAAAUCCACAUCACAUCGAUAUAUACAGUGCUUCAUGGGGGCCUGACGAUGAUGGAAAGACUGUAGAUGGACCUGGAGCACUUGCAACAAGAGCUUUCAUCGAAGGCGUUACAAAGGGCCGGAAUGGUAAAGGCUCAAUUUUUAUUUGGGCAUCCGGAAACGGCGGAAGAGACCACGAUAACUGCAACUGCGAUGGUUAUACCAAUUCCAUAUACAGCUUGUCCAUUUCAAGUGUAACGGAGCACGGUCAUGUUCCAUGGUACAGUGAAGCCUGUAGCUCUACUUUGGCCUCAACGUAUAGUAGCGGAGCUAUGGGUGAAAAACAAGUAGUCACGACCGAUCUCCGCCAUUCAUGUACUAGCAGCCACACUGGGACGAGCGCAUCAGCCCCUCUAGCAGCUGGAAUAUGUGCUCUAGCUUUGGAAGCAAAUCCGAAUCUAACCUGGAGAGACAUGCAACAUAUCGUAGUGAGGACGGCAAGGCCACAAAAUUUGAUCGCUCCUGACUGGAAAGUAAACGGCGUUGGUAGGCAUGUUUCUCAUAGCUUCGGAUAUGGAUUGAUGGAUGCCUAUGCUAUGGUUCAACUGGCCAGGAACUGGACCACUGUCCCAGAACAACAUAAAUGUGAAAUCACUGCUCAGCAAGUUCCAAAAGGGAUACCACCAAAAAGUAUGGUGAUUCUCCAACUUCAAGUGAAGGAAUGCGAAGGCGUAGAAAUCCUGGAACACGUUCAAGCAAAACUGACAAUAUUUUCGCAACGAAGGGGCGAUUUAAACAUCCAGUUGACUUCGCCUCAAGGAACAAAAGUGGUACUGUUGGCACACAGGCCCCACGAUAAUUCCAGGGCAGGAUUUAACGAGUGGCCGUUCAUGUCAGUGCACUCUUGGGGUGAAUCACCGAUUGGAACUUGGCAGUUGGAAAUUCAUAAUGAUGGCCGGAUGUUGGGUGAGGUCAGAUACUGGCAGCUAAGUUUAUAUGGUACUGCGACGCCACCUGCAGCUGAUAAUCCAUCGACCGGUGAAAGCACCAACACUAUUCCUGAUUCGUUCAGCGAAGAUAUCUUUCGCAAUUCUAUUUAUAACUCUGUGGAAGCUGGAGCAGAGAAUCGUAAGGAUGUCCUAGAAGUGGAAGAAAAGGAAGCGUCAGGUUGUGCAAAAACUAAAGGCAAUUUUUGUUUAGAUUGUUCUCCCAACUACGUGCUGUACAAAGGCUUUUGUAUAAACAGCUGCCAGGAAAAAUUCUACAACACGAUUUUAGAUUUCGACACCCCAGAAGAAAUAAAGCGAUACCUUAAAAACCAAACCUGCUCACCUUGUCAUUACACAUGUAAAUCCUGCAAAAGCUCAUUAGACACUGGUUGUUUAGAAUGUUACAGCGACGCUGAGCUUGUGAUAUCGUCAUCAACAGAAUCAUAUUGUUAUCCCAUCCAUAUCGUCUCGGAAGUACUUUCAGAAAAGUGGUACUAUAGAAUGUUUAUAGUCAGCAUCAUAAUGCUUGCAUGUAGCAUUCCUGUGGCUAUUUACCUUUGCAUUAAGAGAAGAAAAAUAAGCCAUUAUAGAGACAAUGUAUCUUACGACGUCGUACAUGAUAUUAGAAGAAUGGAAAAAAAUGUUAAAUCGACUGUUUACAGCGAUGACAGGCGUUAGCAAGUAGAAUUUAUAGUAAUCAUCAUAUCUUGACAACCCCUGCAUUGUUUUUAUCGACAAGAUGUGAUAGAAUAAAUAUUAGUAACGUAAUUACUCAGCUCAAUAAUGAACUAUUAGUGAAUUUAGAUUGUUUAAGACUUUUAUACAGUAAAAAUAUACAUUCCUAAUCACAUCCAGCGAAGGGCAGUGUUUGUGAGUGUAUACCAAAAUAUAUUAUUUUAAUUGUAAUUGUAAAUUUUUGCAGAUACUGCCCUAUUGAUAUAUUUCAAAAUUCUCAGUAAUUUAGGAAUGACUGGGCAUGCUUUUAUUUUUAUUAAUUAAUGUAUAUUUUAGUAAUAUUUAUAUUGUAAAUAUAGUAGUAUAUAUGUACUUAUAAAUUGUUAAUAUUAUUAUGUGAGAUAUUA